AUGAUAUACUCGGUGUUGGCUACCAUCACGCUUCUACUAUUGAAAUGCAUAUCAGCAGAAUAUGGAAGUAGUGCAAAUUCAGGGUGGCAACAAUAUGCAUCGCAAGGCAUCAGUAACUUUGGUAGAAACGACUUAAACUAUGGAGGACAGAGGCAGGAUUUCAGUAUUCUAGGGUCACAUGGAGGAGGUUGGCACAAUGGUGGAGGUUGGAGUGGCGCUGGAGGAUGGAAUGGUCACAUCGGCAUUAGUAGUUCCGGUUGGAAUCACAAUCAGCAUAAUGAUCACCAUACAGCUGGGAUUCCAAUUGGAGAACAUAUUGAAAUAACGAAGCCAAUAGCUAUUCCUGUCAUUAAAAACAUCGGUAUUCCUUUAGCCCAACCAAUCGGCAUUCCUGUUGCUCACGUCACAGCAGUUGGAGUUCCACAGCCCUAUCCUAUUCACGUGCCAAUAGCUCAUCCGGUUGCUAUACCUGUAAUAAAAACUGUGGCUACAAUAAUUGCGAAAAAGGUUCCAUACCCAAUAGAAAAAGUUAUACCCGUCCCAGUAGAAAAACCGAUACCAAUCCACAUCGAAAAACAUAUCCCUGUACCAGUAGAAAAACCUUACCCAGUGCAUGUGCCUGUUUACAAACACGUUUUCCAUCAUCGCAAGAGUCAUGGUUGGCGUCGCUAGAGCUAUAAUCUCACUGAAGUCUACCUGAAAAAGUUCAGGAAGAGUAUUUGACCGAGAAGGAAAGUCAACAAAACAAAAAGCUGAUCACUGAUUCCGGAAGCUUAGCUUUAGUAAUCCGAACAAGAGUAAUGAAUAAGCUUAAUUAUUUCUAACCAAUAAUUUUCCUUCGAUUCAAAAACUACCAACAAAUUACUCUUUUACUAAAAAUUGACAUUUUUUAUUGCUUUUCAAAUUGUAUCCAUAAGACUUUCUAGUGUUUGUUAAAUAGUUGUAAAAUUAUAUUAUUACGUUGUUAGGAUAAUAUUAUUACGUACAAGCUAUUUUCAUAGAUAGAUAUUUGCCAAGCGUAAAGAAUUAUGUUAUGAUAGCUUUGUAUUAUACUAAUAUACGUAAAUAAUUUGUAAAUAUUUUUUAAUGUAAAUAUAAACUUUAUAUAU